CCGCCGUAUCCCCCGGCGCCGGUGGAGAGCGAGAAGGAAAGAGGAGGAGAGCUGUUCGUGCCUCCUCUGAAUUUCGCGAUGGUGGAUAACGGGAUUUUUCGUUCAGGUUUCCUGGAACCCGUCAAUUUCAGCUUCUUGCAAUCCCUUCGACUCCGAUCCAUCAUAUAUUUGUGCCCAGAGCCAUAUCCAGAGGUGAAUAACGAAUUUGCAAAGGCUAAUGGGAUUGAAAUGCUUCAGUUUGGGAUUGAAAGAUGCAAGGAGCCGUUUGUUAAUAUACCAGAUGAGGUGAUCCGUGAAGCGCUGACAGUUCUUCUAGAUACGAGGAACCACCCUGUUUUGAUUCAUUGCAAGAGCGGGAAGCAUCGGACAGGAUGUGUUGUGGGAUGUUUGAGGAAGAUUCAGAGAUGGUGUCUGUCUUCCAUUUUCGACGAGUACCAGAGAUUCGCCGCCUCGAAAGCCAGGAUAUCUGACCAGAGGUUCAUGGAACUCUUUGAUAUCUCGAGUCUAAGGCAUUCACCCAUGACAUUUUCAUGUUCCAAGAGGUAACCCCUACAAGGAGAACAUCCUUUUACUACUACUCAUCUAGCAACUUCAACACAAUAUCUUCUAUCUGGUUAUUACCUAAACUCAAACUAGUUCUUCUGAAUCUGAACUAUGAUUUUGUUCUGGACUUUCUGGCCCGAUUACAACGUUGGCUAUCCCUAUCCCUUAUCA